AUGAAAGUCUUCAGGAACUGGAUGACAACCUCUUUAAGCACGCCGGAAGCCAGAAAUCUUCGUGAUAGUUUCAUUCCGAGUUUCCCUAACUCUGGUUUUGAUUUAGUUUGUCCCCAGGUAGACUCGACUUCUUUUUCGCUCCGCUUCAAAGACAUUAAAACUCCAGAGAUGUCCAAGGCGGAGGCUACGGAAAGGUCCCUGAAAGCUGAACAGUACAAAAUUUUGGAUGUAGCGCGUCCGCUUUUAUUCCUGAGAGAAAAAAUUGCGGAAUCCGCAGAUUUGAAAGAUUCUCCAUUGGCAGAAGCAGCGGAUACGGCCCUGCGUCUCUGGGGCCACACGUUUCACAAUGUGACUACCAACCGACGGGAAAACUUGCUGAAAGUUUCGGAUCCGAAAUUUCUCUCCUUGUUGAAGGAGCCCCACCGUUUCAAGCCGCGGAAGUGCGCUUCGCUUUUUGGUCGACACUUCAUCAAGAACAUGGUGAAGGAGGCAACAGACGACCAAACUCUUAGAAGCAUUAGUAGCAGCCAUGGCUCGUCAUCAAGGCCUAGAGCGGGCAGCAGCGGUUAUCGUGGCUCCUCAAGAUCUCAUCAUGGAGGAAAUUUCGGUCAAGGAGGCUAUAGCAACGGCUAUAACGGCGGAUCAUCCGGCACCUUUAACAGGAGCAGAGGAAACCACUCAAUCAGAUCUGCAAUCCAGAUGGAAACGGGAGUCCAGCGACUGGAAGCUCAAGACGUCCAUCUUUUCCCAGCUGUCGGAACUGUGGGCACCGGAAGUGGAUUUAUUUGCAUCCCAUUGGAACCGGCAAGUGGCGCGGUUUAUGAGCUGGAAACCCCAGCCGGAAUCGGUGGCGUUGGACGCUUUCACUCAGAAUUGGAAGAAUCUGAAAGGAUACGCGUUUCCCCCGUUCAAUCUGAUCCACCGAUGCUUGAUCAAGAUCAGGAGGGACAGAGCGGACGUGCUGAUGGUAACCCCAGUGUGGCCGUCCCAGCCGUGGUGGCCAACGAUUUUGGAGCUGUCCUGUCGGCCGGCCCGCAUUUUGAAACCGAGCGAGGACCUGUUGCUGGACGCGACGGGCACCAGCCACCCACUCCUAGUGCGAGGGUCCCUCCUGUUGGCCGCAUGGACCUUAUCAGGCGACGAUAUGAAAACCGAGGCCUUUCGGAAGGAGUGGUGCAAUUACUCCUGGCCAGCAAUCGCGAAACCACAUCAGCUACUUACAAAAGUGCCUGGAACGUUUGGUUCCAUUGGUGCUCUAAGAGGAGUGAAAAUCCCUUGUCUCCUACUCUAAAUUUGAUUUUGAAAUUUUUAUCGGAUCUUUUCGAAGAAGGUAAAGCGUACAGGUCAAUAAAUGUGUAUCGGUCAAUGUUGUCCGGUACGCUGGAAAAUAUAGAGGGCUGGGAUGUAGAGGAAGAGGAUUUGGCAGUAACCAACAGAAAAGGUGAAGAGUUGGCCUACUCUUUCGGAUCAGCGGCCCUGAGAAGAUUUCCCGAGCCUUAA